GUCCCAAGGAAUUCAAGCUCAAAUGAAUGGUGAUAAAUUGAUACGUCUUAGAUUCUCCUAAAUAAAAUAACUAAUUGUAUAUAAUAAAAAUAUAGUAUUUUUAAAAAUGAAUUAGGUAAAAGAACAUUGAAAAAAUAAAAAAACAAACAAUUAAAAGAAAAAUCAUCUGAUAGUGGGAACUUGUGCGGCCACUAGUUAUUGGGCAGUAAAGAAUUUGGUAUUAAUAUUAAUUUAUAAAAAAAAAUACGACAGAUUUUCAACUUUUUAACCUAAUUUAAUAGUUUGCUAUUUUAAUUAACUUAGUUCAUUUGUCUUAUUUGCCCAACUUGAAAUCAACUUAAAUUUUUUUAUUAUUCCUAAUUAGGUUAAUUUUCAAUUUUCAUAUUAUCUAGGAAAAUAUUUUAUUUAUGACUGUUGUUCAUUUAAAAUAAAGACAUUGGUAAUAUUUCAUAUUUGCUUUCAUUUCAAUUAGGUGUUUUAAUUUUUAAUAUCUCAUCAAGUUUUUUAUAUUACCUUAACUUAUUAAUUAAAGUUAUUUUUAGUUAAUUGAAUAUUUCACUUAACUGAGUUAAAAAAUAUUAUUAACUUGCCCAAUGCCAAUCCUUGCUAUUAUAUAAACCAAUAAAUACAAAUAUUGCAUUUUUGUCAUUUCACAAAUCGCGACAUUUUUUUUGCAUAUAUAAAAUAUUUCAUUAAAAUCCGUUGAGCCAUUUUGGAAGAGUGGAACCACAAACACCCUGACACGAAAUAUUUAUACAUUAGAAUACCUCAGCUUUUUCAGAAUAUGAAAAAUAACAUUUGGCCAAUUGAAUCUGUUUGAUUUGAAACCCGCAAAUGCAUAUAAUUCCUGUUUCAUAUUAUCACAUUCUCGAUAAAAGUUAAUAAUGUACCAAUUUAAUUUUAUGUUUUACUGUUGUAUAGAAGCCUUCCAAAAAUCUGAGCUUGAAGAAUCUGCGUCAAAUGAAUUUAAGAUGCCAGUCUAUGUGGGUAAAUUUGAUGAUGAUAAUGAUGAUAAUUAUAUGUGUGGAAUGGAUGAUGCAGAAGAACCAGAAACUGAUCCAAUUGUUCGAGAAAAUACCCUUACAUAUCGUAUGAAUUUAGAAGAUGUGAAAAGAUAUGAACAAGAUGAAGAGGAAACGGUUAGUUGAAUUUUAUAUUACAUUGUAAAAUAUUUAUUUUAUUUCUUAUUUCAGGAAACUGAACAUCUGGAAAUGCGCAAAAGAGUUCAAGCUUGGCAUGAACACCUUCGUCCAAUUUUAGACGAAGAAGAAGAAAAAGGAACUGAGUUUGAUAUACAUGAAUGUGGAACACAAAUAUUAAAUCGCUUUAGCAAAGUUGGUGAACAGAAAUCAUUUAGUGAGUUAUUUGGAGGAAUGGCAAAGGAAGAAGUUUCUGGAUAUUUUUUUUUGUCUAUUUUGAUGUUGGUAAGUAGUGAAUAAUAACAAGGUAUUGAUUAAUAAUUAAUUUCUGAAUUUGUACUUAAAUUAUACUUUAUUUUAGACCAAUACAUACAAUUUGAAGAUAUUAAUACCUGCUGAUGGUGAAACAACUAUAGAACUGUUGAAGAAGGAAAGACAUCAUGAAGAACUCCAAGUUAAUGUUGGUAAUCAAGUGAACAAUGAAUAAGACUAUUGUGUUAUCUACGAGUUCCGUACAUAUACAAAUCGGGUAAUUUCGAUCACGCAUAACAUGUGACACAAGUGACAAACCAGAUAAUUUAGUU